AUGACGCCAAAACGUGCAUUCUUGAAUCACUUCAAUUCCUUCGGGGCUCAUCGGCAACAAGAAAAGCCGGUCAAAAGUGCAAAGGGGCCAGCCAAGUGCCAGCCGCUGCUGCGAGAAUAUCAGCGACCAGCGUCUCUCUACUCAUCCACGUUCAAGUGCCUAGAGGGCAGCAGCCCAGCUGGCCCCCAUUUCAGCCAACAGCGCUUCUCUGGGACCCUUGCGGACCUCAGGCAUCUCCUCUUCGUCUCGGGCCCGGGUGACGGGCAGCCAGCGGCGUCAGGAUCGGGAUCAGCGUCGAAAGCACCUUCAUCCGCUUCCCCAGCGGAUAGUGCAGAUGGCGAGGGCGAUCGCGAAUGGGGGUCCAGCGCAGAUCACUGGAUUCUCCCCACAGCCCUGCGGCGGAGCAUCCAAGAUGCGCUUGAGCACCCUCUACCUGCGCCAGACGGCUGGCCGCAGCAGGAGCCGAGCGUGAUUGUCGCCAUGACUGGCAGCAGUCCCGCGAUCCCGCCUACGGAGCAACGUGUCCAGCCGGAGAAUGCAUGCAUCGCCCAGCCAGCGGCAGCGCCAGACGCCAAAGUGGUCGUUCUACAUCAUCACGUGCUGCGCGACGUAGCAAAACGCAUGUGGGCCCUCACAGGCGACACGCGUACGCUCGCCCGGCUGCAAGUAGCGCUCUCGACGCCGGCACCUGUAUCCAGCUGCAAGGGCCGAACAUCGACCAGCGAGAACGCCAACGCAACCCCCCAAAAAGCGGAUAGCAAUGACGACGCAUCCUGGACACGAUACACUCUCAGCUCACUCGUGCACGGCGCGACGCUCUACUUGCCGCCGAAGCCGAAAUUCGUGCGCUCGCCGGAGCUUGAAGCAAGCCUAGCGCGGAUCAAGGCGCAGCUCGAAGCGGACGAGUAUGCUCGCAUGACAUCUUUUGCCGGCGACAGCUUGGCGCCGAGCCUGACUGCCGGUUGGACCUUCAAGGGUUCAUCCGCUGCAGCACCGUACACGAUCUCCACACAUGCAACGCCGCACCUGCGCUCGGGCAUGAAUCCGCCCGUUGUGCCGAUGGAGCGCGGCGCGCAGCUGCUGACGCCCGAGCAAGAAGCACAGGAGUGGGCUUAUACGCGCUCCAUUAUCUCCGCCAUUGCCAAUGUUCUGCUAAGCAUGUGCGCCGUCGCCGUCGCCGCCUGGUUCGCAGGGAACAGUGGCGGCCUCGCCCCUCCCGCUCGCGCUCUCGUCGCGUUCGCCGGCGCGUUGCUCGUCGGGUUCGCAGAGACGGUCGUGUACAUGCGCUACUUUAGGGGCCAGGAGGCGAAGCGGGCACGCAAAAAGCGCCGCUUAUUGGAUUUAGGUGAUGAGAAGAAAGAGGAGAAUUAUAGGUCAAGUACAUCAGGCAGGCUCCUGGAUGACGAGGCGCUCGCGCUGCUUAGGCAGCAGCAGGAAGCUGCGAUCGAUGCAUUGAUCGCGGAGCAGCAGGCUGCUCGAAGCGUAAGCGGCAGUGUUAACGCUGUAAAGGAAGCUCCAGUUGCACUAGCAGGGACCGAAAAGGCCCCAGCCGCUCCCAAAGGCGCUCGAAAGCGUAAAAAUAUCAUCAAAAAGUAA